AUGAUUUUGCAUUUCUGGGGGAGGAAAAACUGUUUGUAAACAAAACAAUUCUCUCCCCUGUCAGCUUCUGCACACUGCUUUGCAUGGCUGUGCAUAGCACAGCCAUGCAAAGCAGUGUGCUUACAGUGAAGCACACACAGCCACAUAGCUACAAACAGCACACAGUUAGCCCUUUGAUUGCCCCACAUGAUAACCCCUUUAUGCCCAGUGCCAUUAGCACAGUGUCAGUGCUUUUUAUCAGCAUUGAUCACUGUAUUAGUGUCACUGUGGAUGUCAGUGACACCAAGUCAGUUCCCCCCCAGUGUCAGAAUGCCCGUCACAGUCCC